AUGUCUGUUCCUUACACCAGAGAGGGGAAAAGAGACCCGAGCCCACACAGCAGCCAGGUCCGAGCUGGCCCGUCCUCCGCUCCCGGCUGGCUCCCGCUCCCACUCGCUGCCCUGUCACCGCCGCGAAGCCAGCAUCCCCACCAUGACGCUGGCAUCACACCCGGGCGCCGGCCGCCACCAUCAGCACGGCCGCCGGCAGCAGCCGCCUGCUUUGCAUCACCGCCGCCGCCGCAGCUGUCAGGAGGACGCGGCGGGCAGUCAGCGCGCGGGCGGCGGCGGGCGCGGGGCGAGCCCCGGGGCGCCCCGGGCCGGGGCCGGGGCCGGGGCCGGGCAGCGGGCGCAGCGGGGUGGGGGCCAGUCCAGACCGACGGCAGCGACGGAGCGGGCGGCGGCGGCGGCGGCUGGGGCUGGCUCAGUCCCCGGUUUCAUACACCACGAGCAGCAGGUCGGAGCAGCCUCCCCGGGAGGUUGUCCAGCGGCAGCUCUCCUCUCUCCAGCCCUUGGGGAUGUCCCGCUGAGGCAUUGAAGACCGGAGGAAAGGGUCCGUCAUCGGCUCGCCAGGCUCCGCGCCUCCCCUGCGAUCUUGCGGAAAGAAGAGCGGGCACCAAACUCAGGAUAACCACAUACAUAUGGAUAGAGGUGCAUGAAAAGAAAAUCUGCUCUUCUGGAAUACUGAAUGCAAAAUUAAAGCCUGUCACUGCAAGCAGAAUUUGGAGAAAACAAAUGAAAGACGUAAAACAGCUUUUCAAAGAUUAUUAAAAUAAAAUGAGUUUGAAUUUUGCUUAAA